AGACUUGAGAUGCAGCACAACUAUCUUUUGACAACAGUAUACGAUGGUCGCUUGAUUUACGAUAAAGAACUUCAGCUCAAGCCUGGCAGUAGAGUUUUGGAUGCAGGAACAGGAGCCGGAUCAUGGAUCCUUGCACUAGCGAAGGAGGUUCCAGACUCCGUGGAGCUAGUAGGAGUGGAUGUGUCGCUGGCAAUGUUUCCAGAGUCAUUCCCAAGCAACGUUCACCUUGUCGAGGCUUCAACCACAAAUCUCCCAGAUUCUUGGACCAACUCAUUUGACUUCGUCCAUCAACGCUUGAUGAUAUGUGCCUUCACAGCAUCGGAUUGGUCCAGAGCGAUCUCCGAAAUCUUCAGGGCUCUCAAACCGGGCGGCACAGCUCAGAUCGUCGAAAUAAGUGCUCCGUUCCCGUCAGGUGAGAACUUAAAGAAGGCCGAAAAACUGACGACGCUGUACACGGAGGCUUUGCGUUCUCGGGUCUAUUUGUACAAUUUGGCCGACGAUAUUCCUAAAAUCAUGGAGAAGGCCGGGUUCGUAGACAUUCGUGAAGAAAUCCGAGGAGCGCCCGUUGGUAAUAAAUGGGGAGAGAUUGGUAGAAUCGGUGCCGACAACUUCACCACUGCAUUUAGAUCGUGUAGUUCAUUUGCAGUUGCAGAGGGUGGGUUUGGGCUGGUCAAGUCACCGGAAGACGUUGAUGCUCUAUUCGAAGCCGGGCGUAAAGAACUGGACAAAGUUGAAGGUGUGUGUUAUAACUUUGCCGUCAUCUUGGCAAGGAAGCCAUUGUGA